AUGCGUGAGUUGCUGAGUUCCCUCGUCAGUUUCCUUUUCUCGGCCGCAGAAUCAGCACCUAAGAAGAAGAUGGCUGGUCUCCCUCGCGCCCUGGUGGUGGUGGUGUUGGCUGCCGCGGCUGCCCUUGCUGACCCCGAGCCUGGCUACCCGGCCCCCUGCUACGACAAGACGGCCUACGUCACCAAGGUGCAGCCGAUCGUCCAGGAGGUGCCCGUGUACUCCACUAUCUACAAGCAGCAGAUCCUCCCCACCACCCUGUACCGCACCAACUUCAACACCCUCUACACCACACUCUACAACACCGAGUACGUGCCCAAGUACGUCACCGAGACCAUCUACAAGACCCAGGUGCAGUACGUGACCAAGGUGCAGACGCAGUACCAGACGCAGCACCAGACCCUCUACGUCACCACCGCCCAGUACGUGCCCAAGUACGUCACCCAGACCCAGUACAUCACCAAGUACAACACGGAGAUGGUCUACAACACGCUGUACACCACGCAGUACACCCCCGUCUACGUCACCAAGACCGCAGUGCAGUACCAGACCCAGUACAAGACCGAUUAUAUCCCCAAGUACUUGACGGUGACCAAGGAUAAGGUGGCCUACGUGACAGACUGCCCCAAGCCUGCCUACGGAUACGGGUACUAGAGCGGCCUGUCAGGGAAGAUGGAGAAGGAUGAGAGAAGGAUAUACAGGAGUCCUUCAACCCCAGAAUCCCUACAGGAGCACUCUUUAAGGAUGGACGUCGUGUGGUUUCGUCUCCGGCUUUUGACUUUCUUGUACAGAUGAUGAAAAAAUGUAUAGCUAUGAUUCUCUUCUAUAAUGUAAAUGAUUGAAGGUAUAUGUUUUGUAUUCUUAUAAAGGUUGAACCAAGGAUUAAAUAACAGGAUACACACACACACACACACACACACACACACACACAAACACACAAGCA